UGAACAUGAGCUGUCCCACUACCUAAACGUUUCAUUCACCGGACUCACAAAAUCCACUUUUUGGGGAGAUUUGUCUUUUAUGAUCAGAUGUGAAUAUCGCCCUCCUCCAGCCUCCAGGACCGACGGACGCGAGUUAGGGAUGGACUGGUUACUUGUGGAAACAACCUGUCACCAUUCGUCCGCUCAGAGGAAAACAAAGUGACCUCAGACUUUUAUUUUUUAAUGUUUUGGGAGUGCUUUAUGUAGUUCUGUGGUGUUACAGUUGCAUAACAAACAUGUCCGGGACCAAACCACCUCGUGGUCAGUUUACGGACUCUGAUUCGGACGACAAGGAGGAGCUGACAGAGAUGGUGUGUUUGGAGUCAGAUCUGCAGGACGGACAGAUGAUGGAGGUUGAAGUUGGACAUCAAGGUGUGCUGUUGACGCACUGCGAUGGCAAAUUCAGUGCCAUUGGGAACCAGUGCACACACUACGGCGCUCCGCUUAGCAAAGGAUAUAUUAUAGGCCACAAAGUGCGUUGCCCCUGGCACGGCUCCUGUUUCAACGCCAUCACGGGAGAUAUGGAGGAGUUCCCUGGCAUGGACAGCUUACCGUGUCACAAGGUCAAAAUUCAGAACCACAAAGUUUAUGUGACUGUAAACAAACAGAAUCUGAGGCAGCAGAAAAGAUUACAAGGCAUGGGAUCCGCAGUAGCAGGAGUCACCCACACUGUCCUGCUGCUGGGAGGAGGAAUAGCUUCACUUAUCUGCGCUGAGACUCUGCGCCAGCAAACCUUUGGUGGCAGAAUCAUUAUGGUCAGUAGAGACGAGCUCCUGCCUUAUGACAAAACCAGACUGAGCAAGGUAAUGAAUGUGGAGAGCAACACCAUUGUGCUGCGGAGGAUGGAGUUUUUUCAUCAAUAUGACAUCGAGGUGUGGCUCAGGAAAGAAGCGCUGUUUGUGGACACAGACAAAAAAACGGUCACAUUUGAUGACGGUAUAAUCCAGAGCUAUGACCAGCUCCUCAUCUCGACAGGCUGCAGAGCCAAGGCUCUGAACCUGCCCGGUAUGAAGCUGGACAACAUCAAGAUGUUGGAAACACCAGAGGACGCCCGGCAAAUUCACUCCACCUGCCUGGGCUGCAACGUCGUCCUCGUGGGAACCUCUUUUGUUGGGAUGGAAGUUGCGUCCUAUUUGCUCAACAAAGCCUCCAACAUCACAGUGAUCGGCAGCAGCGAGCUCCCGUACCAGAACACACUGGGCCGGGAGGUCGGCAAAAUCACCAUGAAGAUGCUGUCAGACAAAGAUAUCAAAUUCUACAUGAAUGAUAGUGUGAUAGAGAUCAAAGGCGUGAAUGGCAAGGUGAAGGAGGUUGUGCUUAAAAGUGGAAAAGUCGUCCCAGCUGAUGUUCUGAUUGUGGGUAUUGGCAGCCUCCCCAACUCUGAGAUGCUACAAGGCAGUAAAGUACAGAUGAACGCAAGAAACUUUGUAGUCGUUGACAAGCACAUGCGAACAAAUGUCCCAGAUGUGUUCUGCGCGGGCGACUUGACCUACUUCCCGCUGGCGACGGCUAAAGGCCAAAUGGUCAGCAUCGGACACUGGCAGAUGGCACAAGCACAAGGGAGGGUAGCAGCCAUGAACAUGCUGGGCAAAACAACUGAACUCACCUCAGUUCCUUUCUACUGGACCGUCCUACUGGGUAAAACCAUCAGAUAUGCAGGUUAUGGGGAAGGAUACACAGAUGUUGUAAUGAAAGGGAACGUUGGAGAUGGGAAGUUCCUAGCCUUGUACAUAAAGAAUGAUGAGGUCAUAGCAGCAGCGGGUCUCAAUUUCGAUCCAGCUGUGGCUGCAGUUGCUGAGAGACUCUUCUCAGGAAAACUCAUCACAAAGACAGAGGCUCUAUCAGAUGAUCUAAGCUGGUUGCAGUUGUCAUGAUCCACAUCGUCCUCCGCUCAUCCGUGCUAACUCAGUCGCUACGUGCUCCCUCUGCCUGGGUUGCCACGGCUCUUCAAGGCAGAAGAGUCUGGAGACCUUGACUGAAAUGUUCCAGACAGAGACGAGACAGACUUCACUGGUGGAGUCAGAGAGCGCUGCAGUGAACGUUACAGUUGCAGGUUCUGAUGCAGGCCCUGUUACAAAACUGUAUGCCAUGUAGUCAGCAUUUAUGUGGAGGGCGGUUCACCGUGUACACAACAGAUACCUCAAAUGGAUGCAGCUUUUUGGGCUUUUUUUUUUUUUUUUUUUUAAUCUUAGUAUUUGUCAUUAUAUGAGUUAUGUUUUCAUUUUAUGGAUUUAAACCUCCAGGGGUGUUUCAGCUAAAGGUCCAGAGACAUCACAUGUCAGAAAAAGCAGCGGAUGUUCCCCUUUACUUGGAUGGGGGUGCUGUAAAAACAUAAGUGACCUUAAUGCCCACUGCAGCCCUGUACGAGGUUCAUUCAGCGAGUCGGAGGGGGGGAUUACGAGAACAGAGAGGGGGUGGCCAGCUCUUUGAAACAGAGAUGCUGAAACAAGCAACAGUAACAAAACACAUCAACAGGGAACAAUAGGCCUCCAACAAACAGCAAACAAUGGCGCACAAAACCUUUACAAAAGAAAUGCUGUGUUUUUCUCUCCCCCCCAUCGCGCUCUGCUGGUUUAUCACUGUCUUUACCUGUCAGACUUCACAAUCCUUUAAUUUCUUUUCACAUUAACAGUUAUACUGUAUUUUAAUUCUGAAUAGCAUUUACAUUUGAAUUGUUUCUGACCAUUCUGAAAUGGAUGCAAGAGAUGGAUUGAAUCUGCUGCUUGUAUUACGUUCUUUUCUUAAUUUCACAUCAUGUAAAAGCAUAAUACUGUUGUUAUUGCUCUGGAUUGUGAGAAAAUGUACAUAAAAAAUAACUACAUAAGCACAAUUAUUUCUUAACUCAAAGUAAACUAAGUUAUUUAACUUGUUUCCCAAAAAUUUAAACAUAUAAGAAAAGAUUAGGCAAAUUUCAUCACAAGGCCAAUAUUUCACUCUUAGACUUAACUGUGAAUUAAGAUCCAUAUUUUGGGUAAUCUUAAUAGAAGUCAGCACUGAUUACCCUCAUAUUCCUGCAUAAAAGGUAUAUUAUCAGUCAUAUUGCAUCAAUGUAUCUACAGAAUCAGGAACAACUUGGAGAUGUUGCAGUUAAGUCAUCACAGGAAGUUUGGCCUAUCAAUCAGCAUCAAUCCUCGUAACACAACUUUAUCAUCAAUGCAGAGUGAUCCCUCACAUCGAGCAAGACAUGAACAGUGAUAGACUUGUCAUUUAAACUCUCUGUUUUUGUGUUUCACUUUUGUUCACACAUAUAAAAAAAUCUCAGGCACAGCACUACUGUCUCUUUUGUAUUCACUGACUGGUCUGCGUCUGACUCACUCAGGGAGCACAUGCCCUCUGAUGACCGCCA